GGCGACGGUGAGCCCGGGGGGCGGGGGAGGGGCCUCGGCCGCGGGCCCCGGCAGCGGGGCGGCCCCCGCCCCGAGGCGGGACGAUGCCGGUGAAGAAGAAGAGGAAGUCCUCGGGGUCGGCGGCUGCGGCGGCAGACGACACCGGCCUCAAAAAGUGUAAACUCGGCAGCUAUUGCAGAUCACAAGCUUCUGGUAAAGUAAUAAGUGGAGAGGAACAUUUUUCAAGCAAAAAGUGCCUGGCUUGGUUUUAUGAAUAUGCAGGUCCCGAUGAAGUCGUGGGGCCUGAAGGAAUGGAAAAGUUCUGUGAAGACAUCGGUGUUGAGCCUGAAAAUAUUAUUAUGUUAGUUUUAGCCUGGAAACUAGAGGCUGAAAGCAUGGGAUUUUUUACCAAGGAAGAAUGGUUAAAAGGAAUGACCUCAUUACAGUGUGACUGUACAGAAAAAUUACAGAGUAAGUUUGACUUCUUGCGGUCACAAUUGAAUGACAUUUCAUCUUUUAAGAAUAUCUACAGAUAUGCCUUUGAUUUUGCAAGGGAUAAAGACCAGCGAAGUCUUGAUAUUGAUACUGCAAAAUCCAUGUUAGCUCUUCUGCUUGGAAGAACUUGGCCACUGUUUUCAGUAUUUUAUCAAUACCUGGAGCAAUCGAAGUAUAGAGUUAUGAACAAGGAUCAGUGGUACAAUGUGCUAGAGUUCAGCAGAACUGUCCAUGCAGAUCUUAGCAACUAUGAUGAAGAUGGUGCAUGGCCUGUACUUCUGGAUGAAUUUGUUGAAUGGCAAAAAGUUCGUCAAGCAUCAUAGCAAGAAUUCAAAAGAAAAUGCAAAAGUUUUUUUGGUGCCCGCCUGUACACAAACUAAUGAGGAAAACAAAGGAUUGCAUUUUCAUUCUUAAGAAAGACUUUACAGUAAUUUUUUUUCCUUUUUUAAGGAAAUUUUCUUGUUAUAUGUGAUAUGGGCAUUGAACCACACCUCUUCUGAGACUGAAAGUUGGAGUUCUUGUUUUGAGUCUUAUGUUUAUAGCAUUUAUUUCAGAACAAUAAAGAUUCAGAUUUGUGACAAAGGCCUAAAAGUGAAGAAUGUCCCUUGAAUGUGAGUGUGGUGUCUAUUUUUAAAACCAAAUCUUUAAGAUUAUCUUUCUCAGAAGUGCCCUUUGCUAUGAAUUUUUGAAGACCUUAAAAACGCUUAACUGGCACUGUUGCUUGCUGAUGGUAUGAUUGUCUUGAGUGACAAACAUUAGAAAGAAUGACUGAUUUUUGGAGCCCUGGGUGGGAGUGUGCUAAUUUGUUUAUUAAUUAUUGGUCAUGGGUUGCACCACAGUUUUCAGCUCCUUGUGGAGAUAAAGGCCUUAAACUCUAAUUUUUUUUCUUUUUUGUUUUUUGUUCAGUACCCACCCAGUGGCAUGGCAUUUAAUGGCAGGCCCUUUUAAAGCAGAAAAGUGUAGAGCAUAUGGCUCUGUAUGCAGAAUGGCUGAAAGCUAGUUGCCUGUACUUCAAAUAGUGAACACAGAUACUCUUUGGUACAGUAAGGCAGCUUCAAAUUUCUACUACAACUUAGUCUUUGGAUUGCUUUGUAUAAAAAGUGCAAUUUAAAUUUUAAAAGGGAAAGCUGGAAAGACUUGGUUUCAAGCUUUGCUUCUUACAUGUUUUAGACUGGAAGCAUUCACAGCAUGACUUUUUUUUUUAUCUCCCUGGAUGCUUUUCAUAAUGUAAGUCAAGAAGAGACUAUUAAGUCACCUACCUUUGACCUGUAUAUAACAGGCUAUUAAUUUUUACCCUGUUACUCCAUCUAUUGAAUCCAAUAACUACUGUGAUUUGCCCUUCUAGGCGUUCAGUAUUCGUGGCAACCUUUAAAUACAGUAGAAGCUUGUCACUGUACCUUCCUGCCCAGGAGGCCCAAUGCCACCCUUGAGAAGGAAAAGGAUUUUAAUGAGUAAAUGUGAGAAACCAGAGCAGAAUGAGAGAAUGAAGCAUUUGUAACUUCUACUUUAUUAUAUAAAUACGUUAUGUAGACUGUGAUAAUGCCAUGAGACUCAGUCAGUGAUCGAGGCCUCAUUGUGCCAAAUACUUCAACCGCUUGAAAUAAGAAUAGACAAUGUAAGCUAGGCAUGACUUGAAGAUCUUUGCCUCAGGGAAAUGACUUCUGUUUUGCACAUCCCUUAUUCAGACUAACAAGCAUGAGUUUUCCUGUCCUUAAGGAAAGCUUUAUUCCCAAGGUGAAUCUUUUUUUUUUUUUUUUUUUUUUCUUUCUCACAAGGAGGGGAAAAAAAAGACAAGGUGUGAGGAGAAAUGAGAAGUGGGACAAACUAGUAGUGUGUGCCUGUGCUCUUGUUCUACUAGAGGACCACUCUUGCAACUUACUCUUCAGAACUGCUUGCUGUGGGCUGCAGGAAGCAAUGCAGUGGUGGUCCAUGGGCUGUUCUACAAGUCACCUGGUAGUGCAGUUGAACCUUAGAAGCUUGGUUCUGCCCAAGUGAAAAAAAAGCAUUGGGGGGAAAAAACAAACAACCCCCCCCCCAAACAGUUGAGAUACUUGGAAGAUCUCUGCUUGUACAGUGGCUAGUGUAUGCGUGCAUGCGAACACAUGCGCUACAGCUGUUCUGUUAUUCCACCUUUUUUAAGUACUUAAUUUUAGGCCUCAUGUACUCUUCAGCAGUUCUCUUCAAUAUGUUACAAGUUGUCCAUUCGCAUUACUGAUAAUUCUGAUUUCACUCAUAACAGAGUGCCUUUCAUUUGGAGAUUGCCCUACCCCACAGAAAGUUAGUGCCAGAAUGAGAUUAACUUCAAGAGUCCCAAGAUGUACUGGUAGAGUAAGGUCCUAAGAUGCACAGAUAAACAUGCACCAAUUAACUUAGGUCAGGGGAAGUACUGCUGUAUACUAAAUCUGUGCAGGGGUACUGAUUCUGAAAUUACUUUCUCAAAUUCACUAAAAUAACUCUCCUUGCUUAGUAUGUUUAGUCCCCAUUAUAACUGGGAAAUUAUCUUUCCAGAAGUUUUGAAAUACCCGUUAGAAGAUGAAUAUUUUACAGUGUGAUUUAAAAAAAAAAAAAAUCAUCUUUUUUUAGGUAACUGCAAACUGUUGUGAAUUCAAUUUAAACCAGUUGGUCCUAGAGGAUGGUAUUAGAGUUUAACAGUAAGAGUGAUGCAUCUACCAAUCCAAGGUGGUCAAGUACUUGCCGUUAAGGUGUAAGACGCUGUGAUGUAUCAUUUGUAUCUCUGUUAAGGUUUUAUCAGUAUUCCUAUAAUAAAUCCAUGUUUCAGGGAUUUAUAACUUGGUUGUGUGCGUGAUUGCAAAUCAUCAGUUACUGUAAAACUUUGACUGGGAAUGAAUGUAUUUAAACUACUUAAAAUCAAUAUAGUUUUUCAAAUUUGAAUAAAAUAGGUUUUUAAGUUAUGGGGUUUUGUGCUAAAAGCUGCAAUCAGAUUUAUUGUUUAAAUGUGAACUAAUGGCUUGUACAGUUUCAUUGUGAGCUGAUCACUUUUAUUAGCUGUCUUUUAUUAAAUCACCUUACAGCUUACUGUGGAUAAGUGCCAAAAGCUGUUUAUUUAUUUUAUUUUUUUUUAAUUUUGUGCAUGUCCACAAGCCAAAACUGAGUUCAGCUAAAUGCUUUCUGUAGUCCUUGGACUUUAAUUUUGCUUUGCUCAGGUGCACUUCAGUCUAUUGAAUUAAAAAAAAGUGAUACCUUCUUUUUCAGUAUUCUAAGAUGAAAGUUCACAGUUGAAAUAUGCUGCCACAGUUACAGCAAAUAAUAAAAUCAAAGGUGAAAUGUCUUCCAAAACUAAAUCAUAGUGGUGUCUAUCUUGAUGUUAUAAACUUCACUUUAAUCUCACUUUCAUUUCUUGAUAUUAAUUCUUCCUAACAUAACUGGUUUUUUUCUAGUUUUCUUAGACAACUAACAGUGUGGGGUUUUAAAUCUGAAAACGCCCACCUGUACAUGGAAAAAGCCAUAUUGGUAGUUUGGAAUGUAAUAUUUCUCCUAUGUAAAAAUGUGAUCUUGAAUUAAACAGUCAUGUAUGUUUACCUAUGUCUUUAACUGUAUAUGUAGUUUUGAUCCAAUUUAUCUUUACUGUUUAAACGUCUAAUUCUUUACUAAUGGCUGUAAUUUCACAUUUCUAUAUAGCGGAAUUUGAAUUUUGCAAUUGAGAUUACUGAGGAUGCAAGCUUGGGACCGCUCACAGGUGGCCCGAGAGGGGGCACUGUGGUCUGUAUUUCCAUUGUUAAGGUUUUUUCAUCUCUCAAAAGCUUUGAGCUGAUGUAUUGAUACUGACUGCACAAAAAUCGCAAAAGGGAUCAUAAGUUUAAUGUUUCUGAUGUCUUGUUCAUUUUAUAAACUAGUGAACAGUUCUUUCAACGCGAUAUGUACAAACUUGUACAGGUUUAGCUUUGUUAAGUAUCACGAAUAAAAUGGUAUGUAAUAGGGCAGAAAACUUAUUUUUUUGUCAUGCUGCCUCUUUUAGUUUUUUCUUUUGUGCAUGUAUAACUGUUCUUAAAGUCACUGAGAGACUUAAUUCCAGCAAGAUGGAUCAGUCUAAUUUCUUCUAACUUAACCUUACUGAAUAAUUCCUUGGCUCCUGUGUGCACAUAUAGAAAAGAGAACUUGAUCACAACUGGGAGCAACAGUGAACACCGUUCUUGAUUGUAUUCCAUAUUAUUAAGUGCUGGUAGAACGUAAUGGUCCUGCUGAUUAACUGUCAGGAACUAUUCAUUGGAUGAACACUGUUCCAACAACCUGUUGCAAUGCAUGUGAAUGAAAGGAGAAUGAGCUUUUCUCUCUUCCCUGGCCACCCCCCUGCCCCCUCCAGCACAUCUCUUGGGUCACUUGUCUGCUUUUAGGAAAGGAUUUGGUGUUUUCUAGUAUACUCUUCCAUAGGGUCUUCCAGAGCCUGUUACAGAAGCGAUCAAAGCCAGCAUCCCAUCAUAUGUUUGAGUUAGUGACACUGUUUUCCUUGCAGAUACAGCUUGUUCCACUCUUGACAGUUUCUAGUUGUUGAGGUCCGAAGUCAUACCUGCCUGAGGACAGUCUUCUCUCCCAAAGAUCAUCAGUCUCUCUCAGACCUAAGGCAAUGCCCGUUUGUUGUCUCCACUGUUCCACUUUAUCUUCUUGUGAUAAUGAAGUUCCCGAUGCCUUCCUGAGUCAGUAGGAUGCUUAGAGGUAUGCAAACCAGGCAUCUCGUAUCUGUAUCUACAAGCGAUGGCAACAGUUCUGUUGCUUCUAUUUAUCCUUGUCUUCUGUAUUAUCAUUCUGUAUUUCUUUCUGUCGCUGUGGGAAAGGACACUGUAGUGUUACGUAGGCAUAUUAAAGACUGAAUGUGUACCGCAACAUGAUGUUGCCUAGUGUUAUCUUAAUUUUUUUUAGUUUUAAACCACUGCCAGGCUUGUCAACAAAAUUAAAUUAGUUUCUCAGAUUUGUAUAUCACUUCAUCCAGACUCUAAACUUUAAUCUUGCUCCUGUUUUUAUCUUAGCUAAUCAGAAUAUGGCAUUCCCUAUAUGUCAGGAUCUCCUUAGCUUUUUUGCCCCCUGAAUAGUAACUGACCAAUGACAGAAGAUGCAAGUUACUGAAUUUGUCUGUUUUAUAGGCCUUACAGUGGACAGGUUUUUAUCUUAAUGAGCCAAAUACAAUUUCUUAAUCCAAGUUGGUUUCAACAUAUUUCUGUUGAAUGACUUACUACUUCAAGUUAUUAAAAUGUUAUGGUUGUGUCCUGUUCCUCUAGAAACUGUGCCUAUUGAUAAAGAUGCUUUAAACACAUAAAAUUUUUCAGCUGCCUAAAUUAAAUUUCUUCCCUAAUUUUAACAAUUUAAGAAAAAAAUCACUCCAUGUUUCAGGGGUUUUGUUCAUGUAUGUAUUUUUAUCUCAGCUCAGUAGUGAAUUAGUGCUGAUUGUAAAAUAAUUUAAAGGUAUUUUUGGCUGAUUUAAAUUCUAGCUAAUAUACAACUUAGUUUUUUCCUUAUUUUCAGAAUUACUUAAUUUAUUUUCACCGUUCACUUUAUUAUAAUGAAUUAAAGUGCUAGAACAUAGUAUUGCCAGCUAGUUUAAAUUUUUUCUGAUAAUAGCACUGCAGUGAUUCUUUAUAAUUUAUUAAAUAUUAGAAUAUUUCAGGAAGGUUUACUGUGCCUAUUGUAAUUUAAAUUACAAUAAAAUGAAAUGGUAGAUGUGACCUGUAGCCUGCUAACUAUUAUAGGCUUAAUGUGAAAUUAUUUUUUGCAUUCAAAAGCGGUUAACUCUAAAUCAGUUUUUCUAAUGAGAGAGGAGAUAAUAUCCUAUGAUGUAAUGCCUCUCCAAUUAAAACUUAGAAAGAAAUAUGCUGAACUUCACCAGCUAAUAUUACAUCCUCAUCUAGCUGCUCAACAUACCUCAGUUUGAACAUGGAAAAAAUGUUAGUCAGGACACCUGAAUGAAUGAUUCAGAACACAUCUGAGGUAAAUCAUUAUUAAUCCAUGAGAAACGUAAUUACUUUAAUUUUUUGCAGAUUACAGCAACAAUAGGAAGAGGAACAUUAGUUAUAUAAGAAGUAGGUCCUUUGCAUACCUGGCACUUGCUUCUGAGUUACGCUUUUGUGUAGUGGAUAGAGAUAUUGGUUCUACUUGCCUGAAUCUACAAAACAAAGAAAACAGUUUAUUCCCUUGUGUGUUUGAUUUUUGCAUCAGGGCUGAGUAGUAAUUCAAAGUAAAGACUAGUGCUGGAGUUCCAAGGGCUGGGCAUGGGUUGUGACACUGAUUUUGCCAUGAUGUAAAACAGAAAUAUGCAUGGCACGCAGGGGAAAGAAUAGGAAGUGUAUCUGAAAAUAAAAUACAGUCAUAUCCUACCAUUUCUCCCUUUAUUUCCAUGCUUAUUUGUUUAACCAGGGGAGUGUUCUGUCCCUAUUUCAAACUUGUAGUCUGUAUACAUGCACACACAUUUAUAUAUAUAAAAAUAAAUACAUAAAUGUUUCCCAUCUUGAGUUCAACCUGGUGGAAACUGCCCAGAAAGAGUUUGAAGGUGAAAGGAGAAUUAGAAAGGAGCUUCAGUUGUCCUCAGCUUUCCUAUAGAAUAUGUACAUUUUUGGGGACAUGGAGGUGGCUGGUCACCUUUCUGUCCUAUGCAAAUCUCCCUCAAGGGUGGUUUUUCCAUUUGAAUGAACCAUUUGAAUGGUUCUGUCCUAGAAGCCACUUUAAAGUUUUGAUAGUGAAAUGCCGUUCCCUUCCUGAAUCUUCAGUAGGCUUAUUCAAGACCUAUUGACUUUAAUUAUAUGUUUAGGGUUUUGUUUGGGGUAGUUUUGUUGUUGUUGUUGGGUUGGGGUUUCUUUGGUUUGUUUGGGGGUUUUUUUUUUUCCCCCUGCUAUGGUGACUGUUGGCUUACAGAAUGAAUACUCUACUGUGGAAAAAUGUCCUCAUAGAAUUGGAGAUGCCAAACCUAAAAAUGUUCAUGGGAAGACAAUAAUUACUACUGGCACUUGAGUGAACCACCAGGAUAUUUAUGUGCCAAGGCCUACCCUUUGCCAGUGUUCCUGACUUUUUUUUUUUUUUAAUUGUUUAUUGAACUGUGAUUUUAGGUUGUAUAUUAAAUCACGCAAGGAUAUUGCCAUGCCUAUGCUGUACAACUGAGUAUAUGCUGUACUGAAGUUCUUUGCAAUGUAUAAUUCUUAAAUGAAAUGCUUAUGACUUUAAUGAUGUAGGGUGUUAUAGUUUGUGGAGCUUCUUCAUGUAUUUUUGUGACAUAGUGAGUAUGAUGCAUAGCUCAAUGGAAAAUCGCUGGUUUCUGAAGUCAUGGGGAAGUAUCUUAAGUGUCAAUAGCUAUUUGUAAGCAGUAAAUAAGGUUCAAAACACA